UCUGGUGAUGGAGUCGGAGUGGGACCCGCUGAGAGCGCUGGGGGCGGUGACUGCCGCCUGCCUGCUGCUGUGGGCGACUUGGGGGUUGGGCCGCACAGUCUAUGUGUACCUGCUGCCCCAGGUGCGCCGGGUUGCCCCUUGGCUCAGAGCUCACGGAGCCUGGGCAGUGGUGACUGGAGCCACCAGUGGUAUCAUCGGCAAGACCUACGCACAUGAGCUCGCCCGGAGAGGUCUGAACAUCGUCCUCAUCAGUCGAAACCUGAGCAAGCUGGAGCACGAGGCAAGGGAGAUAGAGCGGCUUCAUGGCAGGGUCACUCGAAUCACAGACUUCACCGGUGGCUUGAAGGUCUACGAGACCAUUAAGGAAGGACUGAAGGGCCUGGAGAUUGGAGUGCUGGAUACAUAAACAACGUCUCCUGUCUCAGUGAACAACGCGGGCAUACUCUAUGAGAAAAAGCCAGGGAAACUGCUCGACUGUGAGAACACCGCCAAAAGACUCUCAGAUAUUAUAAACUGCAACAUCAUGUCUGUGGCCCAGAUGACCGCAAUCGUCCUUCCCCAGAUGGUCGCCAGGAGCAAAGGCAUCAUCGUCAACGUCUCUUCAGUCCUCGGCAAGAAACCCUAUCCAUUUUUCUCGGCGUGUUCAGCUACUAAGGCUUUUGUGCGAAGCUUCUCGCUGGCAGUGGGCGCGGAGUACUUCUCUCAGGGAGUCCUCAUUCAGACACUGAACCCCUUAAUGGUCAAAACAAAUAUGACCGCUGACGGAAAAUGCCAGAUGAUGGCGAUGAAUUGUGAAAAGUAUGUUCGGCAGGCGUUGGACACCCUUGGCCUCACCUCGCAAACUCCUGGGUGCUUCAUUCACGCUGUGCAGGAUUUCCUGCUGGCUGGCAUCCUGCCCGAUUGGUUUUCUCUCAGUCACUGGGGAGUAAAGCUUUUUUCAUAUCUGCUGUCUGAUGCUAUUAUAGAGAUAAAGCCCUCUGAUAAAAGGCCUUAGAGAGGUGUGGCUACAUGCUGCCUC